AUGUUUGAUCCAGCCACACUCUACGGAGGAUCUAUUCUAGCAAUGGCAGGAGGUGAAAGCGUGGCAAUAAUAAGUGACAGAAGACUCGGCUCGGGCGCAAUAACCGUUUCAAAGGACUUCACAAGAAUACACAAAAUUGGGCCUAAGCUGUUUGUGGGUCUUCCUGAGUUUGUCCCAGACACGCAGGUUCUAUUAAGAAAGAUACGUAAGAACUACAACCUAUUCAAGCUCGAAGAGCAAAGGGAAAUGGAGCCUGAGGAACUCAAUAACAUGAUUUCAUUCAUUCUAUACUCAAAGAGAGCCACUCCAUACUACACAAGUCCGCUUGUUGUUGGUCUUUCAUGUGAUAAUACUCCAUACAUAUCUGGACUCGAUUGCAUUGGCUCCACCACUACACCUGGUGACUUUGUGGCUGCUGGAACCGCAUACAAGAAUCUUCUAGGCAUAUGCGAGGCAUUAUACAGGCCAGGUAUGGACGACGAAAAUCUUUUUGUCACCUGUGUUCAGGCAUUCCUUAACUCUGUCGAUAGAGACGCACUCUCUGGUUGGGGUGCUGAUUGCUACAUCAUCAGCAAAGACAGAGUUAUCAAGAGAUCAAUUAAAGGAAGAUGUGAUUAG